GCCUGUGAGGGGAAGUCGACUCUGACCGACCAGAUCCACUGGGCUGAUGGCUUCGUAGUGGUCUAUGACAUCAGUGACCGCUCCUCCUUCAUCAAGGCUAAAGCCAUAGUACACCUGAUCAGAGAGUUAAACCUGGGAGUGGCCAAGAGGGAUGCAGACACUCUGGUGUUCCUGGUGGGUAACAAGCAGGACCUGUGUCACGUGAGGGAGGUGCGUCGAGAGGAAGGCCAGCGUCUGGCAGCCGAGUCCCAGACCCAGUUCUACGAGCUCUCAGCCGCAGAACACUACCAGGAAGUGGUCCUCAUGUUCUCGAAGAUGGUCCACAACGCCAGCCUUGGGGGCAAGGCCAAGGAGAGGAGACGGAGACCUAGUGGCUCCAAGUCCAUGGCCAAACUCAUCACUAAUGUCUUCGGGAAGCGGAGGAAAUCAGUGUGAAAGGGGUGAUGGGAAAGGUCAAGUGUUUACCCCAGGCCUAAAGAAGCCUUGUUACUUUGUUAGUCCCCUUGGGACUGUUGUUGAAUGGUGAAAGGGAUUGUGGGAAAAGGUCGAUAACGUUGAAUGGACCCACCAACAACAACAACAUGGGCUUCACCUACUUUACUUGCUGUUGCUAUUAUUAUUGUUGAUCAUGAAAAGAGUCAAUAAUAAUUAGACCCCCCACCAACCUCCACUCCUCUGGUUGCCAACCACCAAGGGACAGCUCUAUGUGGUAUAAAUGGUUCUUCACAUAGAACAGAGCUUAGUGGACUGAUAGGACUGCUGCUACUUACAGACAUUCUGACUCGUGCUUACCAUACUCUCUACUGUGUGUGUUUGUGUGUGUGUAAAUGAUACCACAGGGAGACUCCGUUAUUAGCUAUGUAGAGUAUAUGAUACCACAGGGAGACUCCAUUAUUAGCUAUGUAAAGUAUAUCACCACAUGGGGAGACUCCAUUAUUAUCUAUGUAAAGUAUAUCACCACAUGGGGAGACUCCAUUAUUA